AUUAAAGAAAACAAUAAUGUGAAAAUACAUCCAGGAAUAAAUGAAGAGAAAGUUCCUCCCUCUGCCACCAGAGGGCGACACAUCCCCUCGUUUUGAAGUGCUUCCUGUUUGCUGUUAAGUUUCACUUCGUGCUCCUCGUGUCGCACCUUCUGCUUCUCUCUAAGUGGAGGAGAAGUACAAAGACCUGGACCUGGACCCGGACCUGGACCUGAACCUGGACCUGGACCUGAGACCUGCUGUUUGUCCUCAAAGAGUGACCGCUCAAUGGAGCCUCAAUCUGCUGAUGGGGGGGUCCAGCAGCAGAGACCAGACUCUCCCAGCUGUCUGUCCCUAAAGAGCGACCGGUCGAAGGACGACUUCAUGAACUUUAAAGGACGACCUCCAUCUGCUGAUCAGAAGGUCCAGCAGCAGAGACCAGACUCUCCCAGCUGUCUGUCCCUAAAGAGCGACCGGUCGAUGGGCGCCUUCUUAGACUUUAAAGGACGACCUCCAUCUGCUGAUCAGAAAGGGGACCAGGAGAGCUCGGAGGUUCCCGGUGGUCCGUCUGCCCAGCAGCAUCAGACACAGCUGGACUCCAUAUUUACGCUGCUGGAGGACCACAUCGUCACUUUUGUGAAGAGCGAGCUGAAGAAGAUCCAGAAGGCUCUGAGUUCAGAUUACCCAGAAGGCUUAGAGAGUCAGAGUGAUGAUGAGGAGGUGUUGGAGGCUGAGGAUGAAGAGCAGAGGAGGAGCAGAGAGGCAUUUGUGAACAUCACACUGCACUUCCUGAGGAGCAUGAAGCAGGAGGAGCUGGCUGACCGUCUGCACCGCAGAACUCCUGCUGGAGUGUGUCAGCGUAAACUUAAAUCCACCCUGAAGGAGAGGUUCCAGUGUGUGUUUGAGGGCAUUGCUAAAGCAGGAAGCCCAACCCUUCUGAACCAGAUCUACACAGAGCUCUACAUCACAGAGGGGGGGUCUGCAGAGGUCAAUGAUGAACAUGAGGUCAGACAGAUUGAAACAGCAUCCAGGAAACCAGGCAGACCAGAAACAACCAUCAGACAAGAAGACCUCUUUAAAGCCUCACCUGGAAGAGAUGCACCAAUCAGAGCAGUGAUGACAAAGGGCGUGGCUGGCAUUGGGAAAACAGUCUUAACACAGAAGUUCACUCUGGACUGGGCUGAAGGCAAAGCCAACCAGGACAUCCAGUUCAUAUUUCCAUUCACCUUCAGAGAGCUGAAUGUGGUGAGAGAGAACAAGUACAGCUUGGUGGAACUUGUUCAUCACUUCUUCUCUGAAACCAGAGACGCAGGAAUCUGCAGGUUUGAUCAGUUCCCGGUUGUGUUCAUCUUUGACGGUCUGGAUGAGUGUCGACUUCCUCUGGACUUCCACAACACUGAGAUCCUGACUGAUGUCACAGAGUCCACCUCAGUGGAUGUGCUGCUGACAAACCUCAUCAGGGGGAAGCUGCUUCCCUCUGCUCGCCUCUGGAUAACCACACGACCUGCAGCAGCCAAUCAGAUCCCUCCUGAGUGUGUGGACAUGGUGACAGAGGUCCGAGGGUUCACUGACCCACAGAAGGAGGAGUACUUCAGGAAGAGAUUCAGAGAUCAGGAGCAGGCCGGCGCCAUCAUCUCCCACAUCAAGACCUCACGAAGCCUCCACAUCAUGUGCCACAUCCCAGUCUUCUGCUGGAUCUCUGCUUCAGUUCUGGAGGACAUGUUGAAAACUGAGGGAGGAGAGCUGCCCAAGACCCUGACUGAGAUGUACAUCCACUUCCUGGUGGUUCAGUCCAAAGUGAAGAACAUCAAGUAUGAUGGAGGAGCUGAGACAGAUCCACUCUGGAGUCCAGAGAGCAGGAAGAUGAUGGAGUCUCUGGGGAAACUGUCUUUUGAGCAGCUGCAGAAAGGCAACCUGAUCUUCUAUAAGUCCGACCUGACAGAGUGUGGCAUCGAUAUCACAGCAGCCUCAGUGUACUCAGGAGUGUUCACAGAGGUCUUUAGAGAGGAGAGAGGACUGUACCAGAACACAGUGUUCUGCUUCGUCCAUCUGAGCGUUCAGGAGUUUCUGGCUGCUCUUCAUGUCCAUCUGACCUUCAUCACCUCUGGAGUCAACCUGCUGGCAGAAGAACCAACAACCUCCCAGCAGUCUGAAGUCUUCAGACCCAAACCUACACCAACAACCUCCUGGCUGCUUAAAGUCUUCAGAGACAAACCUGAUCUAACACAUCUCUACCAGAGUGCUGUGGACCAGGCCUUACAGAGUCCAAACGGACACCUGGACUUGUUCCUUCGCUUCCUCCUGGGUCUUUCACUGCAGACCAAUCAGAAACUCCUACGAGGCCUGCUGACACAGACAGGAAGUGGCUCAGAGACCAACCAGGAAACAGUCCAGUACAUCAAGAAGAAGAUAGAAGAGGAUCUGUCUGCAGAGAGAAGCAUCAACCUGUUCCACUGUCUGAAUGAACUGAAUGAUCGUUCUCUAGUGGAGCAGAUCCAACAGUCCCUGAGUUCAGGAAGUCUCUCCACAGAGAAACUGUCUCCUGCUCUGUGGUCAGCUCUGGUCUUCAUCUUACUGUCAUCAGGAGAAGAUCUGGAAGAGUUUGACCUGAAGAAAUACUCUGCUUCAGAGGAGGCUCUUCUGAGGCUGCUGCCAGUGGUCAAAGCCUCCAACAAAGCUCUGCUGAGUGGCUGUAACCUGUCAGAGAGAAGCUGUGCAGCUCUGUCCUCAGUCCUCAGCUCCCAGUCCUCCAGUCUGAGAGAUCUGGACCUGGCUGCUGGACUGGAGAGUCCACACUGUGAACUGAAGACUCUCAGGCUGAGUGGCUGUAACCUGUCAGAGAGAAGCUGUGCAGCUCUGUCCUCAGUCCUCAGCUCCCAGUCCUCCAGUCUGAGAGAGCUGGACCUGAGUAACAAUGACCUGCAGGAUUCAGGAGUGAAGAAGCUGUCUGCUGGACUGGAGAGUCCACACUGUGACCUGAAGACUCUCAGGCUGUCAGGCUGUCUGAUCACAGAGGAAGGCUGUGAUGCUCUGGCCUCAGCUUUAAAGCACUCCCAUCUGAGAGAGCUGGACCUGAGCUACAAUCAUCCAGGAGACUCAGGGGGGAGGCUGCUGUCUGCUGGACUGGACACGCUCAGCCUGGAGCCUGCUGCAGUCCGGUUCUUGAGGCCAGGUCUCAGGAAGUAUUCCUGUGGACUCACACUGGACUCAAACACAGUGAGCAGAAGACUCACACUGUCUGAGGACAACAGGAAGGUGACACGUGUGAGAGAGAAGCAGAACUAUCCUGAUCAUCCAGAGAGGUUUGACUCCUGGCCUCAGCUGAUGUGCAGAGAAGCUCUGACUGGUCGCUGUUACUGGGAGGUCGAGUGGAGAGGAGAGGUUACUAUAUCAGUGACUUACAGAGGAAUCAGGAGGAGAGGAGGCAGAGAGGACUGUUGGUUUGGAGGGAAUGAUCAGUCCUGGAGUCUGAGCUGCUCUGAUAGAAGUUACUCUGUCUGUCACAAUAACAGAGGAACAAAGAUCCCCUCCUCCUCCUCCUCCUCCUCCUCCUCCUCCUCCUCCUCCUCCUCCUCCUCCUCCUCCUCCUCUGAUAGAGUAGCAGUGUAUCUGGAUCAUCCUGCUGGCUCUCUCUCCUUCUACAGAGUCUCCUCUGACACACUGACCCACCUCCACACCUCCAGAGCCACAUUCACUGAACCUCUCUAUGCUGGGUUUAGGUUAUGGUUACUUGGUCUCCCUGCCUCAGUGUCUCUGUGUUCUCUGCAGGAGUGAGAC